AUGGCCCGGGACUGGGAGGCGGUGCUCGAUGAGUCCAUCACCUGCCUAUCCAUGGACCCCAGCGGCACCUACAUCGCCGUGGGCACGGCGGAGGGACCCAUUUCCCUCCUGUCGGCUGCCUCUGGCCAAACGGGGAUAGAGCUGGCGGGGCACGAUUGGGGCACCAAUGCCGUUGCCCACCUGGGUCUCAGGAGACUGGUGUCUAUUGGCGAGGACGGACAUGCCCGUAUCUGGACACUCCCGGUGGGAGAACUGGAGCCCAAGGUGCAGGCUAUUCCUGUGCCACAUGUCGAUGCCGACAGGACACCCGCCGGCCCCUGCGUCCGGCACCUGGCAGUGAGGGGCAAUGCGUUUGCGUGCGCAGCAGGGCAUCAGGCCACCUACUUCACCGUCGAACCCGAGACGGCGGAGGUCAAGGCCUAUCCCCAGCCCCCAACCAAGGGCACUGUGCUGGAUGUGCGGCUUCCGGUUGAUGGCUCACUCGUUGUGGCCACCAGCAAGUCGGUAGCGCUGCUUGAGGAGAUGGAGAUCACCUCCAAGCAGCCCAACCCACUAGACAUGCCCGUAGAGGGAGCCUGCCUGAGCGUGGAUGUGGAUGCCAGCGGCAAGCAUGUCAUCGUGGGGUGCCAGGAUCAGGCCGUGCGCAUCUACCAGCUGAAGCGGACAGCCAAGGGGGCUGAAGUGGAAGAGUUUGCGGGCGGCGGCUACCACGGAAAGGUCACCCAUGUGACAUUUGAUGCCCAGGGGCACAAGAUGGGAUCCGUGGGCGGCAACGUCGGCAUAGUCCUGGACUUUGAGGGUGGCCCUGAGGACAGCAGCCCCACCCUGCUUGUCGGGCACAGCAAGACCAUCAAUGCCCUGGCCUGGCAGCCCGUGGGUGGCCUCGUGGCGACGGGCGGCGACGACGGCGAGGUGAUCGUCUACGACCUCCAGACAGCGACACCCGGAAAGCCAGACUACUGCAGUCCGCUGGCUAUCGGUGACUGCAAAGGGGACGCGGUCACCGCCGUCGUAUGGGGCGAUGGCGGUGUGCUCUUUUCAGGGCACGAGUCCGGCGCGGCCACCGGGCUCACCGCACAGACCUACCGUCGGGCGGUGACGACGUCCCGCCGGGAUCGCAAGGCCGGACCCCGCGUCGGCCUGACAGAGGAACAGAGGCAGGAGAUCAGGGAGGCAUUUGAUCUCUUCGACACCGAUGGCUCUGGCACCAUCGACACCCGGGAGCUGAAGGUGGCCAUGCGCGCCCUGGGCUUCGAGCCGAAAAAGGAGGAGGUGAAGAAGCUGGUGGCUGACUUUGACAAGGAUGGCUCUGGGCUGAUCGACUACGAGGAGUUCCUCCAGGUCAUGACCACAAAGAUGGGCGAGCGCGACGGCAAGGAGGAGAUCAUCAAGGCGUUCCGUCUGUUUGACGACGAUGAGACGGGCAAGAUCUCCUUCAAGAACCUCAAGCGGGUUGCCAAGGAACUCGGCGAGAACAUCACCGAUGAGGAGUUGCAAGAGAUGAUUGACGAGGCCGAUCGGGAUGGGGAUGGCGAGGUGAACGAGGAGGAGUUCUUCCGCAUCAUGAAGAAGACCUCCCUCUUCUGA